UAGCAAAAAAUGUGAACUUUGAAAAUCCAACCUAGUAUACUUGCCUGACUUUUGAUUCUUUAAUUCGUAAGUGAUAAGCCAGAAAAAAAUCUGGGAUAGUAAAGUUGAUUGAGAAUCUGUAAAUAUUUAUUUCUGAAUUUCCUUUUCCUUUUCCAUAUUCAAGUCUGUUUUAAUGGAGAUAAACAGAGAAGAUUAUAAAUCAGACCCGAAAGUUGUGGAGUCAGGUAAUGUCGGAGAAGCAACAUCUUCAGCAUCGUCAUCGGUUUUGAAGUCGACCCUUUUGUUAGAAAAUGUUGGGGAUGUAGUUCUCACUCUCAAUUCUGAUGGGCUGUCUUUGGAAUUUCUUGGUUCCUCGUAUAAUGACGGAUCAAUAACUUCUGGAAUUAAACCUGUUCAAAAAUUUGUAAAUGAGAUCAGAUUUUCUGAUGUGUAUGGUGUGGAGUUCAUAAACUAUGGUUUUAUUAAUGUUUCACGUCAAUCCGAAGCUGAACAGUGUUUUCAGGGUCAUGCCUCUCAUGGAUCUGAGAUGUAUCGCUUUACAGUGCACAGCUUCCAAAAGUCUCGAGGCCAGCCUUGUCUUUGGGUCCUUGCCGGGUACAGUUUUGGUCACAAGGAUUUGCAGACAUGUCAGACAUGGGUUGAUCGAAUUAACGCUUCUCUGAACUUAGAAAUAGGGAGACCAAAGAAUCUUCUGGUUUUCAUUCAUCCAAUGAGUGGCAAAGCCAGUGGACGUAGAACCUGGGAAAUGGUGGCUCCCAUAUUCUCGCGUGCUAAUGUAAAAACAAAGGUGAUUGUGACAGAGAGGGCAGGACAUGCAUUUGAUGUGAUGGCAUCUGCUGCAAACAACGAACUUAAAUCAUAUAAUGGUGUUAUAGCUGUUGGCGGUGAUGGUUUCUUCAAUGAGAUCCUCAAUGGGUUUCUUUUAUCUAGACAUAAAGCUCCUCGGCCACCAUCCCCUUCAGAUAUUGUUCAUUCUGAUCAGAGUAGUGGCAGUGGUUUGUUUCGCAAUCCAAAUGAGAGAGUUACUGAAGCUACUUGUCAAAAUGAAGACCAUUCUCCCCUUUUAUCAAAUUCAGUUUAUAAUGGAAUGAGACAAGCCUAUUUCAGAACAGAAGAUGGUACUUGCAACAUAGGUCAAGAUUUUGAGUUUCCCCUUCCAGGUGAACAGUUUAGAUUUGGAAUCAUUCCUGCUGGCUCAACCGAUGCUAUUGUGAUGUGUACAACUGGAACUCGAGAUCCUAUAACAUCUGCAUUGAACAUUGUCCUUGGAAAAAAGGUGUGCCUUGAUAUAGCUCAAGUUGUGAGAUGGAAAACAACAACAGCGUCUGAUAUCGAACCUUAUGUACGCUAUGCAGCUUCUUUUGCUGGGUAUGGGUUUUAUGGAGAUGUCAUUGCUGAAAGUGAAAAAUAUCGCUGGAUGGGCCCCAAACGUUAUGAUUACGCUGGAACAAAAGUGUUUUUGAGACACAGCUCAUAUGAAGCAGAAGUAGCAUACAUAGAAACUGAAUCCGAAAAAACAAAUCCAACUGUUGAGAAUGAUCAACUGUUUAGUGGGCUAAGAAAAAGGCAGGGUCCUAAAAAAUCAGAAAGAGUAGUUUGCCGCACAAACUGUGGUGUCUGCAGCACGAAAUCAGAUUAUAUGUCCAAGAGAAGUCCCUGUUCAACACCUUAUUCAUCUUUGGGUGAAACUAGAUGGCAGAGAUCUAAAGGUAAAUUUCUUAGUGUUGGUGCUGCCAUUAUUUCCAACAGAAAUGAAAGAGCACCCGAUGGUUUGGUGGCCGAUGCACAUCUUUCAGAUGGUUUUCUUCAUCUUUUAAUGAUUAGAGACUGCCCUCAUGCUUUAUAUUUAUGGCACCUUACCCAGCUUGCAAAGAGAGGAGGACAGCCCCUCAAUUUUGAAUUUGUGGAGCAUCACAAGACGCCAGCUUUUACGUUUACUUCUUUUGGCAAGCAGAGUGUCUGGAAUUUGGAUGGUGAGCUCUUCCAAGCACACCAGCUUUCUGCACAAGUAUUUCGAGGCCUUGUUAGCUUGUUUGCAUCCGGCCCGGAAGUUUAGCAGGACACUAUUCAGAUGGCUCUCUUGCUACAUAAUUGACUUGCUGGACGACUUGAAGCGCAUCCCAACCAGUCGGCCUGACAGCAUAGCUUUGGAAAUGUCUGGCAUCAACUUAGGCCAGAGGUGGUGGUUUUUAGCCCACCAUAUUGUAUCGCAGGUCAAAAAAAAAACUAUAGGAUUGCAAUAGGAUACAGGGAAAUCUCCACGUAGCAAAGGAACCUGCAAUAAAACAGGUAGGUGUGUAUAGAGGUUGAAUACCAUGUAAUAACCACAGUUCCACAUGGUAAUCUUAUAAUUAAUUAAAAAUUAUAUUGUAUUU